ACCUCGACAAUUCCAUUAGAUCUCAGUUCAGUGUGCUGGAACAAAAGAUUUACAUCAUAGAUAUCAGAAAAUGUGUAAUGCUCACUCUUUCGCUGACUCGUGUCACUCUGGAUCAACAUCAGUAUGCUGCACAUCUCACUAAAAUAAAAUAAAAUGAGGUAGAUCUGAAGGCAAUACAGAGUCCAACAAUGGACUUACAUUACUAAAUAAGAGAUGUAACACACAAAAAUGUUAAAUAUGUUUCUACUUGAAUAGGCUACCUUAUUACAACUGAAAAAAAUCAAUCAUUCUUACGAAAAGUCCUGUGAUCACCACCAAAAAGAUUAACAGAGAUUAGACUUGAGUUUUCUAGCUUUUAUGUACACUCAGUUUACUAUUGAGCUCUAAUCUGAUGACUAAACUAAUGAGAAGGAUGGUAGUUUUACCGGAAGCUAAACUGACUUGUUAAUAAUGUUUUAUUGACGCCGAUGAAGCUAAUCCUGCACAGAAAUGUUUUGUUUUGUUUUGUUUUUCUGCUGACACUGGCCGUGUACAUCAGCAGUGUUGUGGGCGGGGCGUUGAACAAGCUCUCUCAGGUGCGGAGGAUGCGUCAUCAUGUGAGGCGCACUGUGAUUGGCUGAACUCUGUGUAUGGUAUGAAGGUGCUUUGCUCUGCUGAGGUAGAGUCGCCCUUGUCGUAGUACAGGUUUAUAACGAAGUUAUACAUCAGUUGCCUGUUUAACCAAAUAACAGCUUAGUUUAAGUUGUAAUGUACUCAAGCAAUACUUAUUCUUUUGGUAAACGAAGAAGCGGAUAGUUUUUUGGACGUACUUGUUUUGUAAAAAAAGGCACACUGAAAACAGCAGGACAUCAGACUUCAUCCCUGAUAUGGAACUCCGGGAGGAAUGGCAGGAUGAGGAGUUUCCAAGACCACUUCCAGAGGACACACAUAGUCCUGGUGAUGAAGAGGAAAGUGCUGGAGCAGAGGGGAAAAAGCCUGUCCCUCCCACCAGCCUGGCCCUUACGGGUAAUACAGUCAGAAAGAAGCGACUAGUGGCACCGACUCUGAGUCUAACACUGGAUAAAACCUCUACUGACCGGAGCCUGAAAUCGGAUGAGUUUGAAGCUUCUGCCCUUUCACCGUCUCCUGAUGACGACCUAGACAUGGACAUUAACCUGGAGGCCUUAGAAACGCCCUCAGAUAGCGAGUCCUACAACUUUCCAGAAAGCAUGCAUGACUUGGAAUGGGAAGAUGAUCUUCCACGCAUGGGUAAAGCAUCGAUCAGAAAACCCAGUUUAUUAGAGCACGCAGAGAUGGGACACUUGGAGUUGGAUCAAGUAGACGAUUAUGGCCGACGAUGGAGGCAUUUCCAUAUUGGCGGACAAGACUAUCAAGUCAACAUGAGUGUUUUGGAGCCAUACCUCCAAGUACUCUCACACGGAGGGUACUAUGGAGACGGAUCGACGGCCAUCAUCAUGUUUACCUCCUGCUACCUUCCAGAAAACACAACAGAACACUAUGAGUAUGUGAUGGACAACCUGUUCAGGUACAUCAUUGGCACACUGGACUUGAUGGUGUCUGAGAAUUACAUUUUGGUGUAUCUGUGUGGAAUGGCUCCUCGCAAUAAGAUGCCUGGCAUUAAGUGGCUGCGACAGUGUUACAUGUCCAUUGACAGAAGGUUAAGGAAAGAUCUGAAAGGGCUGUUUGUGGUUCAUCCGGCCUGGUAUGUUAGAGCGCUCAUCACUGUCAUCAAACCCUUCAUCAGUGAGAAGUUCAGCAGGAAGAUGCGCUUCAUCCACAGCCUGCAGGAACUGGCAGAGUUUGUUCCUGUGGAGCAGCUGCAAAUCCCAGACUGCAUCAGAGAGUAUGAUACGCAGCUGAACAGGUGAAGGUGUUGCUGAUGGAGCGAGAUCGCUGGUGUUUAUACUGUACAGGUCACAUACAUGUGGGAUUCAGAACAGCCUGAGGUCAAUGGUCAAAGCUUUAGGGCAAAUGACAGAAACACAGUUUCCUAACAGACAGCACUCUUUGAGGAAAUACAAAACAGCCAGUGUUGUCCUUCAGAGAGCUGUGUGCAGCUGUGUGUGUCAGGAGAGAUCUCAAGCCUUUAAACUGUUACACAAAAACACACACAAUCCUCCACUGUUUGCCCAGAACUUAGAAAAUGACUUUAUUAUAGAGCCCUGACCUUUCCUAAAAGAUAUGAUCUUCAAGAAUGAGACGCUGAACACACAUUUUCACUAAAUAUAUACAAAACUUGCGGUGAAUGUUCCCAGAUUAAGGGUAUAUAUUAUUUAAAAUAAGGUUUCAUUGUUUUGUUUCAUGGCUCUUUUUUAAUUAUUUGCACUAAAUUAUUAGUAAAUGUCACUGUAAGUAUACUCUUAUGAAAAGCUGAAUCAUUUAAAAUCCAAAUGAAUCAUUAUUGGUUUCAAGUUUUGGUAACACUUUACAAUAAGGUUGUAUUAGUUAAAGCAUUUACUAACAUGACUAAACAAUCAACAUUACAUUUAUUACAGUGUUUCUUCAUGUUAGUUCAAGAAAAUCAAUUUCAGUUUGCUUUAUUUUUUUCAUUCAAAACAUCACAAUAAAUUAUAAUGCAGAACUAAAUUACGUUGCAUCAGACCCAACAAGAACUUAAACAUCAAACACCAUAAAACCUAACAUAAUAAAUAAGCCUUUAUCAUUUUUUUUAUAAUUAUAAUGUAACCUAAUUUUUUUUUAAAUCACAGAAGGGAAUAAAUGAGUACUUUAAUAACUAUUGCAGAGUUUGCUUUUAUAAUCAUGAUGGCUUGAGAAAGCCAACAUACUGUUAUACUAUAUAAACUUCUUCUUCUGAGACUCAUUUCUUAUUCAUCUCCUCCUAGAUCGUUCAUACUACAACCACCAAACUUACUACAAGCCUCCAAACUGGACUGACUUGAGUUUCUAUAUCUUUUCCAACUGAUCCGACUUACGGUUUACCGAAAACUGAUCUGGAAAAUCUUAAAGUCCCAUUGACUUAACAUUGAACCAAACUUUAUGACUUCAUAUCUUUGCGCCAGAUUGUCAUACAGACUUAAGGUUGGGCUCAUUUAACUCAGACUUCGAAUCUGCCAAUCACUGACCUUUCAACUUACUAGUCAUACUCUAGCAACCACUUACGGCACCCUAGCAACUGUUCCAUUCACUUCCAUUAUGAAAACUGCUAUUGGCAUACAUUCUCAAGCCACUAUAAAGUUUGUCUCUGACCUUUACUUUUCUAGUUAUAAUAUUAACAUCUUAUUCUAAUUUAACUAUUUAUUAAUUUAAAAUUACAUACUAGCUACUCAAUAAUAUUUAAAAUAUGGUCGUAUUUAAGUCUUCUAAUGACUGGAUAAAAACGAAACUUUUCACGAAACUGCGCUGAUUUGAUCCUUAGGCUUCACUAAUGCUUGCCUGAUGGCAUGAGCGUGAGUAGACUAGGGCUAUUUGCCCUAGACAGAUAGCAUUGUUGAUCCCUCGAUAGGUGUCAUUUUGACUCCAACAGACCAUUCAACUGACUUUAAUGGUGUUCUUGUACAGUUAUACAGUUGUUCAUUGUAGGCAUGGGCCAGUAUAAGAUUCUGACUAUGAUAACCUUGGAUAAAAAUAUCACAGUAUCACAGUAUUGUAAUGACUGCUCUAAAACAUAUUCUUUUUAAAUGUCUGAGUAAAAAACAAAAACUUGUUUCCCUUUUAAACUCAAAAGAUUUUAUUUUAAAAACUUUUAAAAUAAUUUGGAGCAGUAAACAUGUCAGACUAAAUAAUUCAAAUGAGUUAUUAACUUGUGCCGUCUUUAUUAGAUCCAAAAAACACUGAUUUCUUUACAUUGUGAAAUGACAUCUUCAGAUAUCUUUUCUGCUGCAGAUACUGCUGUCCUAAAAAACAAAAAAGUGAAUAAAAAAACAUGUAUCUUAGGAAUAGUUUUACAGAAAAUUCUUUUUAAACCUUGACUUUUCCAAACUUGAAAACGGUUAUCGUCCCAUGCCUAGUUCAUUGUUACACAGUUCAUUAGCUAAUUCUAACAAGCAUGAAUUUGGAUGUUAAUAAUGCAUUAGAAAAUGUUGAACUUUGAUUACUAAACAUUGUAUUAGUUCACAUUAGUUAAGGAUUUACCUAAUGAAACCUUACUGUAAAGUGUGACCAAGUUUUCAAACUACUACACUACCUGACUAAAGUCUUGUUGCCUAUCUAAGUUUUACGAACAACAAAUAAUAA